UGAAGCAGAAAUUUCAAGCAGCUGGACAUUGGUUGUGGGGAAAUCCUAGAUUGUACUACCCCGGGGGUCGGCAACCCGCGGCUCCCGAGCCAUUUGUGGCUCUUUCACCUCUGUGCUGCGGCUCCCUGUGGCUUUGGGAAAUAAUUGGUCAGUAUUUAAUUAAAAUGUAUUUUAUGUUAGUUUGUUAGCUUUUGAAAUGUAAUUCUAAAUUUGAAGAUUAUGGUGAUCUUGUACAAUCUAAGUGUGGCGACACAUUUCCUGGCACAUCCGAAACGGCUCACAAUUAGCCAGCAUUCCGGCUAAGGGAGAUAGCCUACGGGGGUUUGUGAGUACGCGUCUUUUGCAGCAUCUGCGUCCAUGGGGGCUGGGUUGAGGGAGGCUUAAAAGCAAGGCUGUUUAGUUCGAAUAAAGUUAUUCGACUGCAGUUUACUGACUGCGUGAGCACACCGCUACAACGUGUUUUUAUCGCUGGCUGUCCAGAGGGGAGGUGCUGAAAUGCUUUGUCGCGUGUCUGGAAGAAGUGAAAACUUUCCUGGGCAGCAAAGGGCUCACCUUUCCUGAGCUGGAACAGCCAGAGUGGCUGGAAAAGCUACACUUCAUGGUAGACAUGACAGCGCACCUGAACACACUGAAAACAGCUCUUCAGGGGUAAGGACUUACAGCCCUGCACAUGUUGGAGGAUGUUUUGGCAUUCGAGCGCAAGUUGACAGUGCUUGCCAGAGAUUUACAGAAAGGCACAUUGUCUCACUUCCCCAAUUUGAGAGAGUUCAAACAAGGUCACGACAUGAUAAAUUCGGAGUAUUUACAUUCUGCAAUCAUCGCAAUGCAAACAUCGUUUGGGAAACGCUUCUGUGAGUUCAGAGAGGAAAAAAACACAUUAUCCUUCCCGGUCACUCCCCUAAGCAUCGAUCCAUCCCUACCGAAUACGACUGCAUUGUCAGGUGUGAGUCAACCUGGCCAAGUAUGAUAAAUAUUUUAAUUGCCUAUUAUUUUACGUAUAUUCAUAUGUUUUCAUUGUUCAGUGAAAUACUCCUUUUAUUUUUCAGGUUGACAGCUGGCUGACGUUAUUUUUGGUUUGCUGCUGGCGGCAAAUUUAAGUUUAGCGUUUUUCAUAAACACAAGAAGGACUCAAAUAGACGUUGAGUAUUUUACUUAAAAUUCGACCUGUGGUGAGAGAUUUAUUUGAAGAAAAACCCCAACUGGAGGCAAACCACGACUGAUGACGUGGGAACAGCAACAAGUGAACCAGCCCGAGGACUGAGAGCACCAACUGGAGAGAACCCAUCUGACUCGGAGAUUCCAGUGAUUCAGUCAGGAGAAAGUUUGGUUAAAAACGACAAGGAAUUUGUCUAUGGGAAUUCAAACACAACACACCAGUUGUGCUGUCUCUGUUUAGAUAUUUAAGGAGCAAGAGAUUCAAUCAACCAUCCUUCCUGCUCAGACUGUGGGGAGAGAUUCACUCGGUCAUCUGACCAACUGACACGUCCGUCAUUUUACACAGGGGAGAGACCGUUCACCUGCUCAGACACUGGGAAUGGAUUCACUCAGUAAUCUCAACUGAAGCUACACACUGGGCAAGGCCAUUCAUCUAUUCUGUGUGUGGGAAGGGGUUCAGUCGGUCUUCCCGCCUGUGGACACACCAGGCAGUUCACCCUGGGCAGAGGCUGGUCAUCUGCUGAAUUUGUGGGGAAGGAUUGACUCGGUCAUCUGACCUAAUGGCUCAUCAGCGAGUUCACACCGGGGAGCGGCCGUUCACCUGCUCAGAAUGUGGGAAGGGAUUCACUCAGUUAUCCAGCCUACAGAGACAUCAGCGAGUUCACACUGGGGAGAAGCCGUUCACCUGCUCAGAAUGUGGGAAGGGAUUCACUCGGUCAUCCCACCUACUUGAACACCUGCGAGUUCACACUGGGGAGAAGCCAUUCUCCUGCUCAGAAUGUGGGAAGGGAUUCACACAGUUAUCCAACCUGCAGAGACAUCAGCGAGUUCACACUGGGGAGAAGCCGUUCACCUGCUUACAAUGUGGGGAAGGAUUCACUGAUUCAUCCAGCAGACUGAAACAUCAGCGAGUUCAUACCAGGCAGCGGCUGUUCACCUGCUCAGACUGUGGGAAGGGAUUCACUUACACAUCUAAUCUGAAGGUACAUCAGCGAGUUCACACUGGUGAGAGGCUGUUCACCUGCUCAGUCUGUGGGAAGGGAUUCACUCAGUCAUCCAAACUACAGAGUCAUCAGCGAGUUCACACUGGGGAGAAGCCAUUCACCUGCUCAGUCUGUGGGAAGGGAUUCACUCAGUCAUCUACCCUACUGGUACAUCAGCGAGUUCACACUGGGGAGAAGCCGUUCACCUGCUCAGAAUGUGGGAAGAGAUUCACUCGGUCAUCCCACCUACUUGAACACCUGCGAGUUCACACUGGGGAGAAGCCAUUCUCCUGCUCAGAAUGUGGGAAGGGAUUCACUCAGUCAUCUACCCUACUGGUACAUCAGCGAGUUCACACUGGGGAGAAGCCAUUCUCCUGCUCAGUCUGUGGGAAGGGAUUCACUCGGUCAUCUGGUCUCGAAAAACACCAGCAGGUUCACACUGGGUAGAGGCCGUUCAC